AUGUGCGUUUGUUUCUGUCGUGUUGACGCUUUGGCUGGGCUGGACUUGACUGGACUUGACUGGACAGGGGCACGGCCAGGGAAGCAGGUGCAGCUGCUGGAGACGGAGAUCAAGAUGCUUUGCGUCAAGGCGAGGGAUAUUUUCAUGCAGCAGCCCAUCCUCCUGGAGCUUGAGGCGCCCAUCAAGAUCUGUGGUGAUAUUCAUGGGCAGUACUACGACCUGCUGCGGCUGUUCGAGUACGGGGGUUUCCCUCCGGAGGCCAACUAUCUUUUCCUGGGGGACUACGUUGACCGGGGCAAGCAAAGCCUGGAGACCAUCUGCCUGCUGCUAGCCUACAAGAUCAAGUACCCGGAGAAUUUCUUUGUCCUCCGCGGCAACCACGAGUGUGCUUCUAUCAACAGGAUCUACGGCUUCUACGACGAAUGCAAGCGCCGGUACAACAUCAAGCUCUGGAAAACGUUCACGGACUGCUUCAACUGCCUCCCGGUAGCCGCUAUCGUGGACGAAAAGAUCUUCUGCAUGCACGGCGGCCUCAGCCCGGAGCUCAACGACAUGGACCAGAUCAAGCGCGUGCUGCGCCCGACGGACGUACCCGACACCGGUUUGUUGUGUGACCUGCUGUGGUCGGAUCCUGACCGCGACAUCAUCGGGUGGGGAGAGAACGACAGAGGUGUUUCAUUCACCUUUGGGGAGGACAUCGUCGUUCAGUUCCUCAGGAGACAUGAUCUAGAUCUCAUCUGCAGGGCCCACCAGGUAGUGGAGGAUGGGUACGAGUUCUUUGCGCGGCGCCACCUAGUGACCCUGUUCUCGGCGCCUAACUACUGCGGGGAGUUUGACAACGCUGGGGCCAUGAUGAGCGUGGACGACACACUCAUGUGCUCUUUCCAGAUCCUCAAGCCGGCAGAAAAAAGACAACGAUUCAAUUACGCGGGGGUGAACCAGCAGGGGGGCGGGGCGCCAGGAACGUCACGGCCCGUCACCCCCCCUAGGGGCCCCGUGAACCCCGGCGGGAGGCGCUGA